CACAGUCUUCUACCAUCAAAUUAAAAUCUCACUAAUCACUAAUGUUUGCACAAAUGUUGUUUAAAAUGUUCAUUAUUGACUGAACAGGAAACAGAAGUUCUGAUAAGUUUUAUUUUGAAAAUCGUGACAGGAAGUGUUGUUGGUUGUAAUGGCUACCUUGACGGCUGUCACCUGCCGCAGCGGAGCCGGAGGAGAGAAGUGAGUGAGCGGACGAGCAUUGAUAAGGUUCCCGGAGGUGAGCGGAGGAAAUCCUCCUCUCUGAACACACGUUUUUAAGGAUUUUAGCUCGACGUUUUUUAAUGUCAGCACACAGCGUGGACUGUUUUCGGGCACACAGAACCAGUCCUGCGCUGGCACAAUUUUUUGAAGCCCCGCAAAAACCGCAUUUUAGGGGCGCCAACGGACAAAUCACAUUAACAGUCAACGGCACAUCAAGCUCACCUCGCCGGGCGACGAUGGAGGUCCGCCGCUAAGGGCUCUUCUCGGGGCGGGGGUGGGGGGCACCGGACUCGGCCGGAAUUCCGCCAAAAUUACGACGGGAAUCAAGUACAGCUCCCUGUCUCCCGGUACCGGGAGAGAACACCGGCCGCUCGUGAUGUCUCGUGCCAAGGAGCGGCUGAAAGGCGGGAAUGAGACCAAGGACAGCGUCACCCUGCUGCCGUGCUUUUAUUUUGUAGAGCUCCCUAUCCUGGCCUCCUCUGUUGUCAGUCUUUAUUUCCUGGAGCUGACAGAUAUUUUCCAGCCGGUGCAUUCUGGGUACAGUUGUAAUGACCGCAGUCUGUCUCUGCCCUACAUCCUGCCCAGACAGGAAGUCUGCCCACUGCCUCUACUCUUCAGCUUGGCAUUUGCCGCUCCCACCGUCACUAUUCUAAUAGGUGAGGCCAUUCUGUACUGCUAUCUGUCCAGGAGGUCAUCAGCCACACAGACUGAGGCCAACAUCAACGCUGCAGGCUGUAAUUUCAACUCCUACAUUCGCAGGGCGGUACGCUUCAUAGGUGUCCAUAUAUUUGGCCUGUGUGUGACAGCACUGAUAACUGAUAUUCUCCAGCUGUCUACCGGUCAACACACCCCCUACUGGUUGGAUGUAUGUAAACCCAAUUUGACCCACAUAAACUUGUCCACCUGUGAUGAAGCUUUUAUUCUGGAGGAUAUCUGCUCUGGACAAGACACCGGGCUCAUCAAUGCUGGGAGGAAGUCUUUUCCCUCCCAGCAUGCAACUCUGGCCGCCUUUGCUGCUGUCUACAUCUCAAUGUACUUCAACACGGUGCUGACAGACUCAGCCAAGCUGCUGAAGCCUCUCCUGGUAUUCUCUUUCGUCAUGCUGGCCAUCCUUGCCGGGUUAACCAGGAUCAUCCAGUUCAGAAACCAUCCUGUUGACGUCUACUGCGGCUGGUUACUGGGAGCUGCCAUCGCCGUUUAUCUGGGUGUAUACGCAGUGGGGAAUUUCCAGCCCAGUGAGGAUCGAUCCAGAAGUCGACCAGCUCCCCCCACCCUGAGAGAGCCCCCCCUUUCCUCUCUUCCAAAUGUCAGCCAAGCAACAAUUAGCAACAGCCACCAAGUUUGGCCUCUCCCUGUUGUCCACCUAGGUCACCACAGCCUGGCUCCCAGCCAACCAGAGCCCAUCCUUACGAGGACCACAUCCCACACCUUGUCCUCCAACCAGCCGGAGUGCAUCCUCACGCGAAGCUCCUCCUACCGAGAACCCUCCCUGUCCAAUCUGAAGAGAGCCAGUGCUGAAGUGGAGGUGAUAUCUCCGUCCAGUCCCCUGGGCAACCAUGACAACAUGAUGACCUUCAGCAGCAGCACACUGCCAAGGUCCCACGGCGGCUCCUCAUUGGAGGAGGGCCGCAUUCCUCGGCGUCACGCCUCCAUCCACGCCUCAAUGGACUCAACACGAUCUAAACAACUGCUCAGCCAAUGGAAGAAUAAGAAUGACAACAGGAAGCUGUCCCUGCAGGUGAUGGAUGGAAUAAGACCAGCCUCCUCCUCAUCUCCUCAGAGGAACAUGGAGCUGCGCUGCUCCUCUGAACCUUCUGCCAUGGGCCUGGAGGCAGAGCUCCGUGGUGGAACACACCUACCUUUAGUCACUGGUCAGGAAACAGAGCUGCGUGCUGGGGCCCACAUCCCAGCUCAGUACAUGAAACUGGCAGCAAGCUCUGUUCCUAUGGCCAAUCAUAAUCACAUGGCCCAUAACGGCAGCACUGGAUUGGCUGGUGGGGCGAGAGUGUCCAUCCAAUCACGGCCUGGAUCCUCCCAGCUGGUUCACAUUCCUGAGGAGGAGAACCCCAGCUGCAGGGAUCAGGAGAGUGAAUCAGAGGACAGCAUUAUGGACGGGGGCGGGUCAGUGAGGGAAAAGUGGCUGAGAGUGGCUGAGAAGACCACCAUCCCCUGUAGGCCGCUCAGUGCUGGUGGACAGCCUCGACUAAUGCAGGUGAUAGCCUUAUCCAAACAGCAGGGUCUGCUUCACUCAGCUCGUUCAGAGGAUGGUGGCAGCACUGUCAGCUGCACCGGAUCCAUUCGGUACCGAGCACUGACGGACCAGGACCCAUCACCACCCGCCUCCACCACCGGAGCAGUGGGAGGAGGAGGAGGUCUGGAAAGAUCUGGCAGUAUAGUCCGUGUUGAAGCUCACCCAGAGUCCAGAUCAAACAAACCAGUGGUAAGACCUCCAAGCACAGACGGAAGUGGCUCCUGGCGAUGGAAACCUCCAGACCAACGAGCUUCGCUCCGACAGUCUGCUUUCACCCUCAAUGACCUGAACAGACACACAGACAGCUGUGAUUCACUACGGGAUGGAGGGUCAGUGGAUGGGCGGAGGAGCGUGACAGGGACUGAAUCGGAGAGCGAAGGGGGAGGAGAUGGAGGAAUGGGAGGGGGAGGAGGAAGUGUAUACUCAAACCACCCACAUGUUGUACACCCUUUACAUCCCUUACAUCCCAAUAAUCCCAACAACAUCCAGUCCCACAAUUUUAACCCCAACAAUCCCAAUAAUCCUAACAACAUGCAGUCCCACAAUUUUAACCCCAACAACCCCAAUAAUCCCAACAACAUCCAGUCCCACAAUUUUAACCCCAACAAUCCCAACAACAUCCAGUCCCACAAUUUUAACCCCAACAAUCCCAACAACAUGCAGCACCCCAGUUUCAACCCCAACAAUCCCAAUAAUCCUAAUUUUAAUAAUACUCACUUUAACUUCAACCCCAACUCUACUAACUCCAACAUGCAGUAUACCCCCACUGCCACCUUUGCUCCUCCCUUCCACCCCCACCCUCAGACCAUCACCACCAUCAGGGUGACCCCGGUGGAGGGAACGGCCACCAGCAGCGACGGCGGCUCAGACUGCCAGUCGGUUGCCUCGUCAAGUCGUGAGUCGACCCUGAGGAGGAAGAGUGGCUCCCACAUGGCCCACGUCCCGGAUCGAGGGCCCACCCCCGACCUCCAUAACAACCACCGCCCCUGUGACGACAGCAACCGCCUCGACAAUGAAAGCACCAACCGUUUUCACGAAAACCUUCGAAGUUUUCAAGAAAACCCCAUCCACCCUAACCACCCCAACAGGCAGUUACAGGGGAUGUUUGGCCGUCCCAGCCCAACCCCCCCGCCUACCUUACCCCGGCCUAUCCUGACUCACACUCCGCCACCGUCUCUAGGGUUGGCCUAUAAAGAAUGACACAUUUAGUGUUAAGUUCAUGUGUCCCACUUGACCAGUACAAAUUUCAAUGGAGAUGCUGCAUGUGCCAUACAGGACUUUGGAAAUUUGGUUAAAUCAAUCCACCAUUGAGGGUCGGCCAAUAAAGGGAUGGCCAAAAAUGUGUUAGUCUCAUACACAACCUCUCACCUGGCCAGUUAGGGCACAAUAAAUGGCCAAUUGUGUCCCUGAUGGUUUAGUACCCAACUGGAUAAAAGUUGUUUCUUACUAUGAAACGUACUGUAGGCUUAUUAAAACCUAUUUGCAAUAGGUUCAUGAUCAACCUUUGGGUCACAAGCCACACAGAGUACAAACACAAUUAGCCCUGCCCCCGAUGUCCAACCGGCCAAUAAAAAAGGACUAUAGUGAAGGGCCACAAUAUGAGGGGUGAGUUUGAUUAAAGAUUUUUUUCUUCUUUUUUUAAUCUCGGAUUGCUGGGUACACCAGUCAGUUUUUUGUAAAUGUAAUAUAUUGAGUGCACUUGCUUCAUAGGCCCAUAAUGAACUAAAUAAACUGCGGUCCCUUUGACUCACUCAGAAGGAGAGACUCCAGUGUCCUCGAUCUGUCCCAUAGCUCCUUGCCAGCAAGGAUGGAUUCAGCCUAAUGACUCUGCCCCCCUUUCCUCUGACUCCCAGGUCAGCUGCAAAUGGGAAAAAAGAAACAAAAAACAUUCUUAUCACAACAUUUAUACAUACAGUAUAUUCUCAGCUUUCAUCCUGUUGUCAAAUGCAGGUUAACAAUAUUGAUAUAUAAACUUUGCUAGUAAUCACAUGUCAUUAGAUGGAAAUUUGCAUUCAAAGCCCAUAACUGUGCUGUGUUUGUACAUAACAACUGUGGGUGGCCACAGUGGAAAUUAAACCCACACUCUUAAUUGUGUCUGGGCUUAUGAGUCCCUUUUGGGCAAUAACAGUAUCUCUUAGUUCAUGGUGGUAUUGUGUUUGUGUUGGAUGAACAAUAUCAAUAUCAUGGUACAUACAUUGUGUUUAAAUAUAGUAAAACAAGCGCUCUAUUUUUUACAUGCUGUGUUUUAAUGAUGUGCAGUAUAUGAAUUAUCCUUACUAUGUAGUAGCUGUACUAUACACCGGCACAGCAUGUGAAUCAUCUGAACAAACAGACCACACACAAGUCCAAAGACUGAAGGAAGUUAUGCAUUUUAUUUUCUUUGUUAGGUUAAUUUUAUCAACUCAUCAGCAUUACUGUAUGGGUGCAAUUACGCUUGAGUUUUAGGGCAACUGUUAGGACAAAAGGACUCUAAUCUGUGGAUGAAGUUGCGAUAUUUGUUGCAAUGUUAUGCGAUAAAGUUGUAUUGGUCAUUAUUUGAUGAGGAUAGUCCUGAUUUUACAAAAUAAAAGGCAAAAUAAUAAAAUGUAAUUAAGAAAGUACAAUAUUACAAGAAUACAAUCGUACCUUUACAACAAAGUCAUGACAAUACUUGAAGUUUUUAAAAACAAAGUCACAUUAGAAGGAAGUUAUAAUUUUGAGGAGAAAUAAUAAUGUAUUUUACAAGAAUUUAGUAAAAAAAUUUUAAAAGAAAAGUGUAAUUUCUAUGAAAAAUUAGAUAAUUUACAAGAAUUAAGUUAUUACUGUACAAGGAAGUCAUAACAUUACAAGAAGUUCAUAAUUUUGAGAAACUGUCAUACCAUUACAAGACAAAAGUAGUAAUAUGAAAAAAGUCAGCAUUUCGAGAAACACUGUACAUUUUUUCAAUGUUUUAGCAUCGUCCACAUACAUUUUAGACGUGACUGUAGAACUUUAGAUCCUCACCAACCCUCGGUUCGCCGUAUAGGCCAACAGGCUGCUCUUCUGUUUAUUACAAUAGAAUAUAAUAUAAAAAUAUGAUAAAACUAUGCCUUUAUUUGAGUGUUAAACAUUAUUUUGUGAACAACUAAAUUGUCAUAUUACUUUUUGCAUGUACACUAACAACUUUAUUCUUAUAACAUGACUUUUUCCUCACUAAUUUAUUCUCCCCCUAACAGUGGCCCAAUUACUCACUUGUAGCGUAAUAUUCCUCACUAACUUUGCUUUGGUGUUUUGCAUGUGUGGUUGAAUUCAUAAAGUAUAAAACAUUCUGACAUUUCCAUUCUCCAUGGAUGUUGGAGAAAAAAAAAUCGAAUUUUUUACUUUUUAAAUGUUCUGUUUACUGAUUACCAGACACAACACACCAUUUGAACAACAAGUCCUCCAGCCUUAACGACAACAUAGGUCGUUUUAUCCACGCCUCCCAAAACGACACAUAACGUUUCCUGAAUUAGCACCACUACAGGUGGCGUUUGGCCAUCCCUACUAAAACAACACAUAUGAGUGUCAACUACGUUACGUCAGUCAUGUGACCUUAGUCGCACAACAUUAAGCACGUAGUUAACGUUGUGAAGGGGUCGCAGUCUGGUUAGGUUUAGGCAAGUACUUGUGUAGGUUUAGGGAAACGUUGUGGUUUGAGUUAAAGUAAAUACAUUACCUAAGUUAUUCAACUUAAAACUCUAAAUAACUCCACAUUUACUUGCUAUGAUGUUCUCCUGAGUGAAAGUCCGGCGUUUGACCCCAUCCUACCUCCUUAUGGGCCUGUGUCCACCAAAGCUUUUUUUUUCCUGAGGCCAGAGUCUUUUUUCAAUUCAGUGCAAUGGGAGCGCCGAAUAUUGGCGCUCCCAUUUGUUGUCCCAGUUGUUCAACUUUGGGGAAAAUGCAGCGCUCGUCACCGUCACUUUUUACCCAGCCGUCCAAUCACAGUGGAGGAGGGGCGGGACAAACACCACACGGAGCAUUCUCAGCUCUUGAACCAAACGAUGGUGCUCGCCAAGGUGUUUCCUCUUCCACAAAAUCUCAUGAACCCGUGUCUGACCCCUCACUAUACAUGGUUCAACCUUCUCUCCAUGCACAGCAAGGGCCAGAGCAGGUACUCUCUACUUUAUGGUGACAUUUUUGUAUCCAGUAAAAUGAGGUGGCCUACUUGCAAUACAUCACUUCCACAGAUGUAUCAUAGCAACCUCCCCCCGUGCCUCCAAAGCGCAUCCUAGCGCUCCCAGCUAGGAGUCAUCAAAAGAGCAGCUGCCGUUUUCAGUUGGCAAAAAACGCUUUGGUGGACACUAGCACUAAGGCGUUUCUACCUAUUUAUAAUACGUCACCUGACUUCCUCCUUUGCUAACAUUGUACGGCCACAAUAAACUCAAAAAUGGGUCGUAAUAACGUGCUGCUCAAACGGACUAUUUAGUUGUUUUUUACUGGUGAGGACAGUUUCCAUUUGGACUAUUCAACAGAAAUGUCUGAUCAUUUUUUCUUAGCCUAGUGUUUACAUUCUUUGUUUAACUUAGUGCCCAAGUGCCACCAAAGAAAAGUCGUGUGGCUGUGGGCUAGCCACAUAGAUAUACUGUGUUACUGCAGGACUGUAAUGACUGAGCAGUCAGUGUAUAUUGAUGGAAAUCUGCCUGGGAACACAAAGAUCCUCAUGUUUGGAUUAUGUAUAAUUAAAGGAAGCACAAUUACUACAUCUUGAGGACAGAUUACAGAACACAGUGAAUAUUUAUAGCUGUGUACAUAUCUAUAUAAUUUCUGCAAACUCCCACUUCUGGUCUCUUUGCUAAUUGAGUUUGUAGGUGCAGGGCCAUGAUAUUGUUGCUGGAGAUGAUGCUGCUGCUGCUAAUGGCAUUGUAAAGAGCUAUUAAUGUGUUGAUACGUUUUUAAUGGAGUGCACAAUAGCUGAGUGGACAGAAUGUGUAUUGUAAUCCUCUCAACAUUUAUUAUAGGGAGUAUUUUAGUUAAACAAGCCGAUAAAUCAAGAUAUAUGGUUGAGUGUGACAGAUUCAGAGACUUUUUAAUUGCUACUCAUUUCCCUUACAUGUGUUGGUGUGACUCAUUUUCUUUUCUAAAGAAUGGACACAGUUGAAUAAGACGUAGAGCUUGCAAGCAACUGGUCAACAAAAACAUUGAUAUGUUUGAUGAAAACUGUUGAAGGCAGACGGUUUCUGUGCCCAUUCUUGUGGUUUAUAAUGGUAUAUUCUAUGCUGUAUUCUAUUUUUGCUUGUGUUAGUAUUAAAUUUAGCUGGAAGUUUGGAGAGAACAGAAAGUAAGUAGCAGGUGUGAACGUUUCGAGUGGUAUACAAGCUGUAGAUGGUAAGAUUACGUAUUACGUAUUACCUGUAAACACUGUAAUGAACACUGAAUUUGCUGACGUCACGAAAAGCUAACAGCUAUGUUUUGAGUAAUGGAGACAAUAUUUUGAUAUUGUUUUUUUCCUUUUUUUUUUUUUUUUUUUUAAGUGUAGAAGGUUUAUGUAUGCUAAGGGCAAUCUUAUUGUACUAGUCCAGACUAAGAAUUACUUGGCUACAUACUUCACCCUAUACAAUUUUAGUGAGGUCUGGAAAACAAAAUGCUGAACAGGGUUUCAGACUAACUUUUACACCGCCACAAAAUUUAGGUGCACUUUCAGCGCCAUAACAGUUUACUCUAACCUUCUGUCAUUUCCUAUACACUUCGAUAGUUAUGUAAAUGACUGUAAACAGGAACAGCUACAGGUAAAAGUUGAAUGUUGAACUGUGAUUGGUCGGCUUGGUAGCAUCGGAUUUCCUCCAAGCUCACAGGAAGUGCUCCAUGCUUUGAAGCCAGUUUUACAAGCUGCUGUGAAAUGGUGGAUAUUUUCUUUUAAGCAUCACAACCUGACGCGAAAUCAGAAUUUGGAAAGGCUAGAAGAGCCGCACAAUUAUUAUUUUAGCGCAAGUUAGCGGAGGGCUAAACCAGGAAGUCAAACAGUGGAAACUAGAAACCCCACCACCAACUAGUGUUUUGGCAGUUUAACUGCAGAGCAACACAGACACUAACACACAAGUAUAAAUGCGAGAGUACGUGCGUUGCCGACGCCAUAGGUUCCGGCAUCCAGUCACUAUAGGAGUAUAAAUCCAGCGCCCCUUCUCUGCUUUCGAUUGGCUCUCACCUUCUUCCACGAGUUUUAAAUCUAAAUCAAAUCAAUAGUGUGACAACCCUUUGCCUCAGCGUCAGUUCUUCUAGAUAAACUUGCGCAUAGUUUUUGAAGGAACUCUGCAGGUAGGUUGGCCCAAACAUCUUGGAGAACUCCAAACAGUAGUUCUGUGGAUUCAGGCAGCCUCACUUGCCUCUCUCUCAUCAUGACAGACUUGAUGAUGUUGAGAUCUGUGUGGGGCCAUACCAUCACUUCCAGGACUCCUAAGGUAGUUCUUAUUGACUUCGCUGUAUGUUUGGGGUCGUUGUCAUGCUGCAGAAUAAAUGGGGGGCCAAUCAGAUUGCAGCAUUGAGGAGACCCUUCCUUCUGACCACAUUCCUAACUCCAUUUGCAGAAAAUGCAGCUUUAAACUUGCAAGGAACCUCCAUCGUGGUUCCCUUCUGCCUGCAGACACUCAUUCUUAUACUGCUCUCCUGCCCUUUGGCGUACAACCUCUGCUGCAGCCUAAUAUUUCAAAUUUUGACUUAUCAGUCCAGAGCACCUGCUGCCAUUUUUCUGCACCCCAGUUCCGGUGUUUCUAUAGUUGAAUUUUGUGGCCUUGUCUCCAUGUCGUAGGCUAUUUGGUGGCAAGUCUUUCAUAUAGGCUUUUUCCGAAUAGACGUCUCCAGACAGUAAAAUGGUGUAUCAGGCUCCCACUGUUUUUUGUAGCUCUGAGCUGAAGGCAUUGCUGGACUUCAGAUUGUGAAGGGAAGUAAGCAUGAUGUUUCUUUCAUCUGCUGCAGGCACACCUGGAAACCCUUUCUGGUUUGAAAUGUCUUCCUGGGAGAGACCUUGCUGAUGCAGUAUUACUUACUAUCUUGUUGCUGUGCUCAGUCUCACGGUGGUGAAUGACUUUUGACAGUAAACCGUCUUCAGCAGCUUUACCUUGGUAGCUGAGUUUGGCUGUUCCCCUUCCAGUUGUUUUCCUCCUACACAGCUGUUUCUGUUGCACUUGUUUCACCUGUAGGUGUAGCACCUGUUUGGUAUAAUUGUUUAAUCAUACCCCUGACGAUAUGCCUACAAAAUCCCUGACUUUGUACAAGUGUGAAUUGGAGAAUUUAUGCUGUUUUGAAGGCAAUGGGUGGUCAAAUAUUGAUUUGAUUUUUCUUCUGUUCACUAACUUUGUAUUUUGUUAACGUGACUAUAUUUGAAAGCAUUAUUUACAUAACUUACUUAAAUUCUUACAGUAUUUUUUUCCACACCUGCCUAAAACCUUUGAAAAGUAUCGUAUCAACAAAAAUGUUUGCUGGACCAGUGCUGAAUGUUAUUCAAGAGAGCAGCUAGAGCUGAACAACUAAUUAAGCUAUAGAACACAUUUUUAACAAUUUCAUAACAAGUUCUGUGAAGUGAAAUAAUUACUUUAUUAUAAGACAGUUGAUUUUGACAGCCAUAAAAACAUCAAUCAUCAAUCAAAUUUAGUCAGCUGUUGCUAAUUAAUGUUAAUUCCUGGAGUCGGAUCACUACAAAAUGACUAAAACAAACAUUUCUGGCCAAAAUGCUCUCUGCAUGCUAGUGUCUGUAUUCUUUACGUUCAGACAAACUAGCUAAGGAAAAUAGAUAAAGUGCCAUGGACAGGUGUUUUAAUUGUCUACGCAUAACCCACCUGUUAACCAAAGCUGCUUUACCUACCCAAACCAUUUGCAAAUUUAUUCUUAUGACAAACACACGUAAAUUGCAGGAUACAGUUGUGUUAUAAUUGUAACACAAUCAUGAGGAAUGUAAUAAAUAUAAUAAUUCUAUAAUAUUCCCAUAAAAAAUCAUUAUUUUUGCAUACAAAUCUGUGCGUACAUUUUGUUUCCAGCACAUUUAACAUGAAUACUGUGAUACAGUAAGACAGUCCUUUUAAUAAGAUAAAUAUCUCAUACACAAAUGUUUUAUCCCUUUGUAUGUCUUGGAGACAGAGAAGUAUAUUUUAAUAUGAUAGAUGUUAAGGAAUGUGGUUUUAAUAAAUGUUAGAGAAAUGUUAGAAAUUUUUCUAAUUUGAUGUAAAAGACAUGUCAGUGGAGUAUAAUUUCAAAUAUUACUAAUAUCAAAAAGUAUUUUAAACUGAAUAUCAUAGUUUGAAAAUUAUACGUUGAGUAUAACGGCAAAGAUGGCGGUUAUCCCGCCCCUCCCGCUGCUGAUUCUAUUCAUGUAGUUUUUAUGUCCCGGUGACCUGUGAAAGUGCAGUUCUGGCUCACUCCCCAUUUAUUCAGAUAGGAGCCUGGUCUUGUUAGUCCGAAAUAGCUGCCCGGAAGCGUUGCAAAGAUGGCUGCCGAGUGGCACAACUUGCCUAAAAGGACAUUGAUAACACUUAUACGUUAUGCCCCAGUACGUCAAGUGUGGACCAUACCGUUUUCCUCUAAAUCAAAUGAUUGUCACACAGAGAUUGGUAUGUAGAUGUGUUCAGGGCGGGAGUCUUAUCAAGCAAGUUUGUUACAGAUCUGUGCAUGUACACUGAAAUUAGAACUUCCUGUUUCAUGGUGAAACAUUGAUGUUUGACGCCACGGCCUUCGAUGAAAACUCACAGCACAACUUUUCAUCGCCAGUGUCGAGUGGAUUAACUACGUAGAGGAGUUUGUUAAAGUACGGAGCCUGUAAAUGAUAAAUAAUGCACUAAAAUUGCACUUUCAAUUAAAAAUGGCUUCAACAGGCUCUUCGUGUAUUUUUGGGAUGAUUUGGUAAAAUUUUUGUGCAUCUAGGUCAAACGUGUGCGCAAGACCAAUUUGACACGCGUUUUCGCCAGAUAUGACAUGCUUGCAAAGUUUUGUGUGUUUUUGAGCACAUUUAGGCCUCCAACACAUGAUUUACUUUUCCAGAUACAGUGGGGAGAACAAGUAUUUGAUACACUGCUGAAGUUUUCCUACUUACAAAGCAUGUAGAGGUCUGUAAUUUUUAUCAUAGGUACACUUCAACUGUUAGAGACGGAAUCUAA